CCAGCAGAGGUCAGAUCAACCGCCCCGAGGACGCCUCUCUUGGUAUCGGUGGACUGAAUGUUAAAAAAGGCACGAUUCACACCAAACGUCACAGCAGCGAAGAUCCUGGGAUGCUUACACUAAGUGCUGCCGCAGUAGUGGCUGGUAGUGUUUGCAAUUCCACGAUUCCAGCCGUGAGCAAAGUGUGCUCCUCUCCUCGCCUGGACCACUCUCGUUCACACAACGAUGCUGAUACAAUUAACGUGACGAAGAAAGUGGUCUUGGAAGAACAUCCUUCUACCAUCAAUUUAACCAACAACGAUUACGAACCAUCUCAGCCGCAUCCUCUACCCAUGCCAGAGUAUGGAGGUUAUUUUGCGCCGUUAACAGAGUUUCUGCCCAACAGUUCGCAACCAGUUAAUGGAUUUCAUCGAUGCAAUUUGGCCGUCAUGUUUUUAGUCGAUUUGGUAGUGGAAGGUAUGGAGCAAGGAAGUGAGGUUGAUUGGUCCGGUCACCUCCCACUCGUCUUGCACAUGGCCAUUCUGGGUUUGGAUCACACUCGCCCGCUAGUAUCGGAACAUUGCAAACAGUUGCUUCUAAAUUUACUUCUGGUUUUGGCUGAUCAUGGAGAUCAUCUAACUGUUGUCAAGGUUUUGCUACAAACCAGAACGGAACAACUGAAAUACGGUCUGACUACUUCUACCUUGCCUGUUCAAAAACAUAAUUUCACGGAACCGGAUUUGGAGUUUGAUAGCUAUCUUCACGCUCCAUUCAUGCAACUGGGAACGCCUACAUGGUCGUCAUCGGAAACUGGCGAAGACUUGUCGGGUGAUGACGAUGAUAGUACAGAGGUGCCAGCCACAGUAGCGCUGUCGGACAUCAUCAAAUCGUUGGUCUACUUCAUUUCAUCCAGACCUGGUCAACCUCUAUGGAGCUACGAAGACAUUACAUCCAAAGUCUGGAGCGUUCGUAGCGCCGAACAGCUGGAUGUGUUUGUCCAGCACAUCUGUCGCGUUUUCAGUGAAUCUCUGCCUCAUAGUCACUUAGAAGAAAUGUGGGCUCAAGUUGCCCUUCAUCUGGCAUUGUCUUCGCCUUCCAGACAUUAUGCUGGGCGUUCUCUUCAAAUCUUCCGAGGAUUGCGAGUACCGAUAACAUCGCGAAUGCUUACCGAUAUUCUUUCUCGUCUGGUUGAAACCACUGCCGAACAGGGUGAAGACAUGCAAGGUUACGUGACUGAGCUGAGUGUUGACACUCGAGGCAUCCGUCGAGUCUUUAGAAACGGAUUUCCGACCGAUGGAUGUUGUGCGCGACAUUUUCAAAUCGACUCCUAAUCUAAACAAUAAAGAAUGUGGUAGUCCAUUACUGUAAAGAGUGUCGGGUGCUAAUCUGACACGUCGACAUGCUUUUUACGGACGAACCCAUCUCAGUGCUGGAAACACUCCGUACAGUCACAUUCGAUCUACCAGUUACACGGCAGCCGUUAUGUAUCGUUAUGUAUUGCACACGGAGAACUUUGAACUGAAUUCGAACAAAGAUAAAUGUCAAUGGAUGUUUACUCU